AUGGAUAAGGUACGCUAUUACAGUUACUUUUUCAAGACGAUGUUUUUCGGUUGGAACGGGUGCAACGGGUGCAACGGGUGCAACGGGUGCAACGGUGACGCAGACCUCUACGAAAACAGAGAAGACAUAGAGCUGUGUCCCAAGGAGUCAAACGGUGACGUGUUCGGCAAAGAAUCGAAAGGAUCUCUACCGGGAAGUUUGGAUAAAUUGAAUGAAUACGAAAAAGUCGGCUCGUCGUCAGCAUGGCAAGCAGGUUGGAAUGUCGGCAACUGUAUGCAAGGACUUGGCAUACUCAGUCUGCCGUACACCGUCAAACAAAGCGGCAUCGCGUCCAUUCUUACCAUCGCGGGUGUAUUGCUGCUAGGGAACUACACAAGCAAGAUCUUGGUCGAUUGCCUUUAUGAAGAAGAAGAUAUAGGAGGUGUUGGAGGCGGAACAAGGAAAGUACGCGUGCGCAAUUCAUAUCCUGAUAUUGCAGUUGCAUGCUGGAACAAACUGGGCAGCCAUCUUGUAAACGUCAUCACGAUUGUCGACGUAACGGCAGUUGCCACCCUGUAUCUUGAACUGUCGGGGGCGCUUUUAGUAGAUACGUUUCCGGUAGCAGGUCUGUCCAAAAUAUCCUGGAUAUGUCUGUCGGCCUUCGUCGUCCUACCGUCAGUAUUCUUCAAGAACCUGACCCGUAUAUCCUACCUGAGCCUGAUAGCCGUGUUAGCCAUUGGUGGCAUGUUGUUUAGUGUGGUGUGGUAUAGUUUUGGUGAAAGCAUCAAGUGGAAGUUGAACACUGUGCCUCCGUUUGAUACGGAGAACUUUGCCAUUAGUUUUUCUGUUAUUCUCUUCAACUUCGGCACGCAGUUCAUCAUGCCGGGGGUCGAGGAAAGCAUGAGGGAACGUCAGAAGUUUGGACGUAUGGUUAACUUCACUUACCUGGCUGUUGCUCUUGUAAACAUGGGCUAUGCCUUUUUUGCAUAUUUGACCUUCACCGACAAUACGCAAGAGUUUAUUACUUAUAAUCUGCCACUAGGUUUCAUUCAAACCACAGUCAGUAUAUUGUUCAUCGUGAAAUCGCUUUUAUCAUACCCGCUGAUGUUUUUUCUCAUUGUAACAUCGAUUGAAAGUAUGAAUUUUAGUUUUCUGCCCCCGUGUUACCCCAAUAAUACGGACGAAAAACUACAUAUAUGGUCAAUGAUAUUUCGAUUUGUUCUUCUUCUGUUUACUUUGCUCUUAGCUGUCAGCAUUCCCCACUUCACCCUCCUCAUGGGGGUAACAGGUAGUCUUACUAGUCCUUGGCUGGAUUUUAUAUUUCCUUGCAUUUUCCAUAUGCAAUUGAAAAAAGGUCGCCUGAGGUUUUACCAUAUAUUUGCAGAUAUCGCGAUCAUACUUAUAGGUUUAGUUGGAGGAGGCAUUGGUUUAGUAUACAGUUGUAAAGUGCUU